UUGCUUGGUUGAUAUUUUGGUUGUCUGAUGUCCCUACAUGGAGCGCAAGUCUGAUGCUCUGAGAGAACACAAUAGAUGUUGAAGUCUGACUGAACGUUCCGGUCAUGAAUACUAUCGGCUCUUCGACUCCCGGUGAAAACACUGUCGUGGACCCUAGUGUUGCCGCAGCACUUCCAAAAGGAUCCCGCGUGGUAUCUGUAAACCGCCAUGGCACAAGUUUCUGGAACUACACCGGAAGGAUCGAAAUCGAGCGGGCCGAUGGCCAGCUGGAAUCAUUCUUCAUCAAGGUGAUAUCAAACAUCCGCGGACAUAACAUGGUGCAGGGAGAGUACGAGUCAAUGAAAGCAAUCCAUACAGUCUGCCCAGAGUUUACCCCUAAACCCAUAGCCUGGGGCACAUAUACCGACACUCCAGGGACGCAUUUCUUCCUCGCUGAAUACAGAGAUAUGAGCGGUGACAUGCCUCAGCCAGAGGAAAUGGGUUCGUGUCUGGCACUUUUGCACCAGAAGGGCACCUGUCCGAAUCGAAAAUUCGGGUUUCAUAUUCCAACAUACACCGGGCAUUUGCCGCAGACUAACAACUGGGAGGACAGCUGGGAGGUAUUUUUCGCGAAGAAUAUGAGACAGGCGUUAGAUUGCGAGAUCCAGGCUAAGGGGUUUGCUUCAGAGUUUGAAAGUUUAGUACCGGUCUUGUUUGAUGUGGUUAUCCCGCGUCUGCUUCGCCCUCUCGAGACGGACGGGCGGAGUGUAAAGCCGUGCUUGGUGCACGGCGAUCUGUGGUAUGGGAAUUCGGGGAUGGAUUCCAGGACGAAAAGUCCUGUUAUAUUUGAUGCUUGUUCCUUUUACGCGCAUAACGAGUACGAGUUCGGUCAAUGGAGGCCAGCAUGCAAUCGAUUUGGGCCGGAAUAUCUGAAGGCGUAUCACGCCCGUUGCAAGAUCUCCGAGCCGGUAGAAGAUUAUGACGGUCGUCUCGAUCUUUAUAAAUUGAGGUUUAACACCCAAGUAUCUGCUUUAUUUCCAGAGAAUCAGGGCCUAAGAGAACAAAUGCUUGGUGACAUGAGAGAUUUGGCUCGGCGGUAUGGCUAGGUUGAAUUGGAUUGGAGUACAUAACAGGCCCAUGUUAUUCUUGUCGCUUUUUACACCAACGAAAUGCUGAAUGUCGUGACUGAUACCAUAAACCUCACGUGGGCAUAUGCCUCACUCACUAGAUCCCAAUAGAGAUAGCCAAGCCGUCUAUGUCUCCAAUGCUUUCUCGAAUCAGC